AUGUGUAUAUGCAAUGGAAGGUUUGCCAAAGCGGGAUACGGUCCUCCGGGUGAUCUGAUUUCUGACUGCAUAAGUCUAUUCCAAGCUGCUUCUUGGCUCACAACAAAGCCUUUGUAUGAGAUAAGAAUGUGUGUGGAACCGAUAAAUGAAAGGAACCAGCCAAUCUCAAAGGAAAACCAAAUCUUGAUAUGGGGGCUAAAACUUGAAACUAUGUGUGAGGUUAUUGUGGCCACUGCUGUGCUGCACAACGUGUGCUUAGAACAGAAUGACACUAUCGAUUUUUUUGAGAAUGGACCUGAAAUGGAACAAAUUGAAGAGAUCCAGAUUUAUUCAUUUGCAUUUGAAAAACUGCAUAUAGAAAAAUCCUCCCUCAGUUACAACAGUAACGAAUACAUCUUCAUGACGAAGGAUACCCGUUGUGAUGAAGAGGUAGUUACAGAGAUAAGGCUUCGAAUCCCAGGUGGCAAAAUGUCUAACCCCAAAAUUCGUCGACACGACGAUUUAUCACAUAAAUUCGGCGGGUUAAAAUAA